AUGUAUCCCUCCACCUUUGUGACACACGAUGAAAGAGCCGAUUGUCUGGACAGAUGGAUUAGUGAAAGGUAAUCCAGAGAGCUGCGAUGGGUCUGUUAUUGCAUGAGUUUGCAGUAAAUGGCAAAUGAUUUAGCAUAUGCAAUACAAAAAUUGUGUUUUGGAGACCUGAAUGCCUAGUAUAAUAUAGUUUUAUUUUGGAAUUGCAAAAAGAAAUAUUAAUAUUAGCCUUUUUGUUGCAGCUGUGACAUCAAGGAGGUCAACAUCUCAGUGUUUGCGUUCUUGACUCAGAUUGGGAAAAAUAAAAUUGUAAUUGAUUACGUAAAUGACAAUUUGACCCGAACAAUCUUCGAAAAUGAGGACUUCCGAGACCUGAUGAGCGAUGUGAGUCAAGGAAAAGUGGAUUUAAACAGAGACGACCGGGUAAAUUAAAUUGUUUUAGGCGAAAGUUACCUUAAUUUAUGUUAUACUUGAGAAAUUUGGCGAUUUUAGGUGGAAAAAGUGCUAACAGACAUUUUCCUGGAGAUAAACAAACAAUGUACGAAGCUGAACCGAGACGGUGAGGAUGGCGCGGCAAUAGUUAUGACCAUUUUUAUCAACGAUUUCUUUUACACAGUGGAUUUCGGGAAUAUAAUGUAGGAUUCCCCUAUCAUAAUGUGAUGUGUUUAGUGUCAUUUUGGGCAAAGAUAUCGGCGAUCCGAACGAUCUGGCGCUCUUUCCGAUGACCGAAGGCCAGGAGGGAUUGAUGGAUAAAAUGGGAUUUUUUGGAUGUAAGGAUCAGAAAUUGAGACCCAAAGUGGUGGGAAGUAUACAAGUAGGGGGCUGAGACCAGUUUAGAGGGCUUGCAGAUGAACAAAUCUAUCAAAUUCCUGAUGUUUGCCAACGCUUCGCUCAUAAACUUGGUGAUCGCUGUAAAACAUGAUGACGAAACCACCGGAAACAGCUAUUUGGCAUCCAUUUUGUUGGAGAAAUUGAAAAAUAACAGGUAAUUUGUGAUUAGUGGAGUGCAUUUUAUCACUUUGUAAAAAUGAAAUUGGAGAAAACUUGUAAAAAUUCCAAAAAAAAUCCGAAAAAAUGAAAAAUUUCGAAAAAUGUGUCAUAAUUUUAUAUUUUAGCGACAUUACCCUUCAGAUGGAACAGACUCUAUCCGACAUCGCCAUGACCUACAAAUCCAUCACCAGCGACUCCAACCAUCCCGGUCUGGCCAUGGCCUACCUCGAUUUGAGCAACGAAAUCAAACAGGACAAGAUGGAGAAGGUCGAGACCGAGGGUUUGGUGCCGAGUUACGUCGAUUGGAGCGACUUUUACAACAGCCCCAACAAGGAUGAGGUUAUUGUCAAAAUCGAAAGCCUUCGGACCUAUUACGACAGCAAAAAGAACCUCUCGAGCAUCGCCGAAGACUAG